AGUAUUUAAACCCCAUAAGCCAAGGUACAUUCAGGUGCACGCUACAGUUUCGUUUCAGUUCAAUUCAGGUGCUCUGUUGCCAUUAACACAUAAAGAUCAAAUGUUUGCCCCAAACACAAACCAGCUCAGUUUCGCUCAGCGAAUGGAUCAAAACGUGCACACCAGCUUGCAAGUUAGCCGCGAAGCACCGCCGUUUUUACCAGAUAACAUUAUGGUUGGAACAAGCACAGGCUGUUUCACAGAUGGCAACACAUUUGACGGAGACACAGGCAACGACUCUGACUUCGCCAAAGGUAUCUAUAAUUUGCGUCCGAGAGGAGCUCUCACUCAUGUUCCGGCGCUGCCGAAGUUUGAGCAAGAGGAAGCUGGCCCCACUCCGCCCGUCAAAGCUAAGCGACAGCGCAACUCCUUGAAGAAACGUCUUCUUGUGAAUGCGCGGGAACGCGACCGAAUGCGUGUUUUAAACAACGGAUUUCAGGCGCUUCGGGACGCUCUGCCAUGUUAUAUUGCCGACGGACAUAUGGCAAAGAUCACUACUCUUCGUCUCGCUAUAAAUUACAUCAAGGCAUUGAACGAAGUCUUGAACGAGGAGCCGCCGCCUGUUUCAAGAUGCGCUCCUCAUCACCAGCCGCCAAACUCCACUGUUCCCCGCAACACCAACAUGAUGGGAAUCGCUGUUGACCCAGUUCAUUUUAAAACACCUCUUCCAAUUGAUGUUCGUCAUUCAAACACAAGGAUUUAAAAGAUGAACACCAUUCGCAUUUUGCAGACAUCUUCGCAGCGACAUAGUACAUAUUAGUUUCAAAUGAUUAUAAUGUGAUAUUCCUUUACUGAGAAUGUACAAGAAGAUCCGAAAAACAAAUAGUUAUAUAAACGUCUUUUGUAUUUGUAGAUAAGCAAUCCAUUUGCGAUAAAAUUUGCGCCGGUAUUAGGCUGUUGUCACACAAAACGUAGGUUAAACGCUGAAUCAUAUUCAUUUUUUAUGUAAACCUCUAGAACUUUCGUCUUUCUUCCUUCUCAAAGUCUUUGCAAUUAAUCGAAAAAUUCUCGCGCUAUCUACCUAACAGACCAACUUUCAACUGCUGUAAACGAUUAAACGAUAAGUUAAUAAAAAUUUGUAAACCACAAGCUGCAAAUAUGGUUAACUUUGAGUUGCUUACAGAAAAUUUCGAAUAUUUAAUUCAAGUUUUUUAUGUCAGCCCAUAAGCUCUAGUUUGGUCGGUCUUCCCUGACCAUUUGCGCAGUAUUUACAUCAAAUUGUAUUCGUCUUUAAAGAUAUUUUAGUCAAAAAGCCAAUUCUUAUUUCAAACUUAACAAUAUUACCAAUAUUCUACAGUUGCAGUCUGGAUAAUCAGCCAAAAACGUUUAUUGUUUUUAAGGGCUUCUGUGUUUUAUUUAAAGGAACGGAAAUCGAUUUAAAAUUAAUUUUCAAUAC